CGUGAUGAGAGGCAGAAACAGCGAACCUUCAUCUAUCUCUCUGUGUAUUUAUCUCUCCGUGGUGACGUUCCGGAUUAAACCCUAACACACACACACACACACACACACACACACACACACACACACGCUAGCAUUAGUCGGGGUCUUUAGAGUGCAUGCAGCAGAAUGGAGCAGGCGAGACGCCGAACGGAGACGCAGGGCAGCUCUCCAUCAGCUCGGCCGCGGGCGCCGCACCGACAUGUUCAUCAUUACCACGGCUGAGGAGACUCACUCAGGACGGCCGGGAAGUUCCUCCUCAGCCCACAGUCAUGGUCGUGUUCUCGGCUGCAAGGGACAGCGAGCCGGAGCGAGAUUCCGCCAUGUCCAAGUGUGAGGAGGAGAAACGCAGAGUAGCCAUUAACGCUCCGAACAGGAACCUGGCCAGAUCUCUGCGCACACUGAACGCACCCCAGGAGUUUCCCGAGGUGAUUCCUCUGAACGUAGGAGGGACGUACUUCACCACACGCCUGUCCACGCUGCGGCGGUACGAAGACACCAUGUUGGCCGCCAUGUUCAGUGGACGCCAUCACAUCCCCCGAGAUGCCGAGGGCCGAUACUUCAUCGACCGUGACGGAGCUUAUUUUGGCGACAUCCUGAACUUCCUGCGCGAGGGUGAGCUGCCUCAGAGGGAACGUGUUCGGUCCGUACACAGAGAGGCUCAGUAUUACUCCAUCGGCCCGCUGUUAGACAGGCUGGAGGACAGACAGCCGCUGACUGGGGAAAAAGUGCGACAGGCAUUCCUCGACCUAUUGCCUUAUUAUAAAGCUCUCGGUUGUGUUUGUUCCUCAGAGAAUCUGGAGCGCAUUGUGGAGAUCGCAAAGCUGCGAGCAAUGCAGAGGAAGGCUCGUUUUGCCAAGCUGAAGAUCUGUGUGUAUAAGGAGGAGAUGCCCAUCACACCCUACGAGCGUCCGCUCUUUAACUCCCUGCGAUUCGAGCGCUCAGAGAGCGAGGCCAAGCUGUUCGAGCACCACUGCGAGGUGGACGUGUCGUUCGGGCCGUGGGAGGCCGUUGCAGACGUGUACGACCUGCUGCACUGCAUCGUGAGCGACCUGGCCGAGCGCGGCAUCACCGUCGACCAGCAGUGCAUCGGAGUGUGUGACAAACACCUCAUCAACCACUACUACUGCAAGAGGCCCAUCUACGAGUUCAAGAUCACCUGGUGGUGAAGGAGCAGCUGCUGCUCAUAGAGGUCUGGACACUGAUCCAGAUUUCGGUUCUGUCUUGUUAUUUGAAGAAGUCGCGUCCGUAACACUAAACCUAAACUAUUUUCACAUUUAAGAUGAUGUAGUGUUGCAGGACGCUUCUUAGGAGCCUUCGGGUUACUGAAGCAGGUCCAGGUUCCUCUGAGAGCUUGCAUGAGGGCAGUAAACCUGAUGCUAACGCUAACCAUGUGGCUAAUCCAUCUGAGCUUAAGAGCACUUAGUAAACUGCCUGUAUAGAUUUUGGAGCGAGCCCCGUUGCCAUGGGGAACUCAUGAGAAGUCUGUCUUUGAGCUCACAAGCAUAACAUUGACACAUAUUGGAACAGGCCCGGAUCCUCAGAGAGCUGUAUGGUGUUGGGACUGAGGUCUUUCUAGGAGAACGUUGAGGAUCAGGAUUGUUAAAGAGCACCUCAUCAACCACUUCCACUGCUUCACCCCCUUGGUGUUAAGGACAGGUUGUAGUUCUCAGAACCCGACCAGGUCUUUAAGGAUCACAAGAAGGUUGGAGUUUCAGCUCAUUGGUCUUUGUUGUUGUUGUUGUCAAAACUGUUAUGGUUCUUGUGAGGUUCUUCUUGCUGGAUGGUGUUGUUGAGGUUCUGUGUGGAGCCGGUGUUGUGUCCUGAGCGAGUGUUGAGAUUAUGAGCUGGAAUUCAUCGACGUGGAGUGACAUGUUCAUCAGAUUUAUGCUACGUUCCUUGUGCUUUUCAUCUGAACUGGUUGUCCAGAUAUCUGGGUGAGAGCAAGACCACAUGCAGGACUGUUUGAUUAUUUCACUGUCUGUGUUGUGAAGAAUUCAGUCUUUAUGAAGCUGUGAUAAAAAAUAACUACAUAAGUCACUUAAUAAAUGUGUAGUGAUCUCAUCAGGUGUGUAAGCGUUAACCUGUUCCCUGUAUGUGUGUGUGUGUGUGUGUGUGUGUGUGUGUGUUAAACAGCGCUGCACUGAACUGACUGUUAGUCUCCUUGUUGUCACUGAGACUUGUUCCUCUUCCCUCUGUAGCUCUCAGCUCUGAUGUGUCAGAGGUUCUGCUCAGCUGUAGCAAGACGAUCUCGCUGAAACUAAUCCCCUUCUCCUCUGUGUGUUUUGUUAUUUUUCUGUGAGGGCUGCAUGAGCUCUCAGGACGAGCGGUGAUGUUCUUCUCUGUUUCCUCUGUAACUCCGUUGCACUGCAGUGGAAAUGAACCGAACCUCAUGUUUGUACUGCUUCAUUCUGCUGAUAAUAAACUCUGUAUAUUUUGCCA